UGACGCCAUCUAGAUGCGACACAGGACCCAUGCUAACUCACAUGUACGCCCACAGUGUUGCGUGCCUGAAGUGGAGUAAUUUGGACACGUUUGUAUAUUUUACUGUUUUUAAUCGAUAAAUCACAGGGUCAUACCAGAAUGAGUGCCCAGAUUACCUGUGUCGGAUGGGUGGGGAGAGGUGUAGCCAAGCAAACCCCAGACAAAGUUGAGUUGAGCCAAGAAGAGCUUCAGCGCAUCAUUAUUGAAGCAAAGGAGGAGCUGGAGGAACUAGUAGUCGCGGAUGAGGAAGAGGAUGAUGAAGGUAUAGCUUGUGAAGAUAACCCUGAUAGCAAUACAACGGACGUCGCUGUAGUUCCAAGGGAUGAGAAUGAAGAAGAAAAGGAGGAAGAUGAGGAGCUGGCAGAGUAUGGCCUGGAUAGAUAUGAUGAAGAGGAUGCAGUGACCGCCAGUCUUGGCAACAGUCUGGCCGGGCUUACGGUGCACAGCUGUAAUGAGGAGGAUCCUUACAUCACCCUCAAAGACACAGACCAGUACGAGCGAGAAGACUUCCAAAUCAAGCCCAGUGACAAUCUCAUCCUAACAGGCAGGGCAGAGAAGGACUGCUGCAAUUUGGAGAUCCAUGUUUAUAACGGCGAUGAAGACUCUCUGUAUGUUCACCACGAUAUUCUGCUGCCAGCUUACCCACUGUGUGUGGAGUGGCUGAACUUUGACCCCAGCCCUGGAGAAGGAACCGGGAACUACGCCGCUGUGGGCAACAUGACUCCUCAGAUAGAUGUGUGGGACCUGGAUGUGGUGGACUGCUUAGAGCCGGCCUUCUCCCUCGGGAGCAAAAAGGCCUCCAAGAAGAAAAAGAAGGGCAAGAAGGGGGCCGCAGCAGAGCCUGUCGAGGGCCACACAGAUGCAGUGCUGGAUUUAUCCUGGAACAAACUGGUCAGAAAUGUGUUGGCCAGUGGAUCAGCAGAUGACACCGUAGUCUUGUGGGAUCUCACUCAAGAACCUGCCACAAUUCUGCGCAGGCACACCGAUAAGGUUCAGACAUUAUCAUUCCACCCCUUUGAGGCACAGACUCUGAUAUCAGGAUCAUAUGACAAGACGGCUGUCUUGUACGACUGCCGGAGUCCAGACAACACCAAUCGGACCUGGAGGUUCAGCGGUCAAGUGGAGCGUCUGGUCUGGAACCACUUUUCACCGUACAACUUCCUGGCCAGCACAGAGGAUGGAUUCAUCUAUUGUCUGGACGCCCGCUCGGAUAAACCCAUUUUCACACUGAAGGCUCAUGACGAAGAAGUGUCGGGUUUGGACCUCAGCAGCCAGGUUAAAGGAUGCCUGGUCACCUCGUCAUCUGACAAACACGUUAAAAUAUGGGACAUCUUGGGCAACAAGCCCAACCUCGUGCACUCGCGUGAUAUGAAAAUGGGUGUGCUUUUCUGUGCGUCAUGUUGCCCUGAUCAGCCCUUUGUCUAUGCCUUCGGGGGGCAGAAGGAUGGCCUGCGGGUUUGGGAUAUAAGUGAUGUAGCAUCAGUGGCGGAGGUGUUUGGCAGUCGAGAGCGCUUGGUGGCGAACACGGGAUCACAGGCAUCCAGCACUGCAGCCGCCGCGGCAGAGAUGGAAGUAUAGGAGUGACGCUCUGGAUGCAUCAACAACCUGCAACAUGAAUUCACCGAGCUUCCCUGGAAACACAUCAAGCUGCUCCUUGCUGCGUUGCUCAUAGUGCAGUAGUUCAUGGAAAAAAGGAUUGGAAUAAAUGAAGCUGCAUUCGUGAAGAAUUUGAAAGGUUGGCCAGAAUGCAAACUGGAGCUAAACAACUGAAAAAAAAACUUGUUCAGCUUGCCUCGCUGCACAAAUAACAACAGCAGCAGCUUUGAACACUCACAGAUGUGUGAAAAAUAAGAUGGGAACAUUUGUCUUCUGUUCAUUUCAGAGAAUAUUUCCAAUAAUGUUUAGGUGAAAGUUUGAAUUGUUUAAUAUUACUUUGAGAUCUCUUUCAGUUUGCCUUUUGUUGUACAUUUACAAAUGUAAUUUGCUUCUAAAACUAUUUUCACAUGAAAAUAAGUAAUUUACAUUGUGACAUUGCAUACCUGGGUCUUCUGGUAAUGAUGAAUGGUAAAAGGAAAUAUUAAAAGAAGCCUGUGUCCUUGCAUCUGGCCAAAGUGUUGAAAAGGAAUACACUCAUUUACAUGUUGUAUAUUCAAUAAAUACAAUUUAUAAAAUGUUUAAA